CCGCCAAAAGACCCCUGACAGCCCACCACUGCCGGCCGAUAACAAACACGAUAAGGAAGCCGCCCCGAAAUUUUUGAAGCUUUGCGCUUGGAGGCAGCGCCGGACAACGACCACCAGGUAGCUACCCGCCAUUGCCAUCCAUCAAUCGCAUCAAUGGCGCCCACACGCACAGUAAAAAACAAGCAUGCCGCCCCCAAGGGUGGCGGAUCGUCUGGCGGCAAGGGCCCGAGGAAAUCUUCCGACGGCGGCGGCAUCUCCAAAGGCAAAUCCGGACCCAAAGCAAAAGUCCCAGCAACACAGAUCAAGGGCCGGCCCAACCUAGCGGGACUCGACAAGAACAAGAAGAAGAAGCAGCGCGUCUACACGGAGAAGGAAUUGGGCAUCCCAGAGCUUAACAUGAUCACCCCCGUGGGCGUGACCAAGCCGAAGGGAAAGAAAAAGGGCAAAGUCUUUGUCGACGACAAGGAAAGCAUGACGACCAUCCUCGCGCUCGUCCAGGCCGACAAAGACGGGCAGAUCGAGUCCAAGAUGAUGCGGGCGCGGCAGAUGGAGGAGAUCCGCGAGGCGCGGCGGGCCGAGGCCGACAAGAAGGAGGCCGAGCGCAGCGCCAAGCUGGAGGACACCAAGGAGUCGCUGCGGCGCAAGCGCAAGCGCGCCACUACCACCACCAAGGGCGGUCCGGGCGGCGCGGAUGACGAGGUUGAGAAUAUCAAGGCUGUUGCUGCGACGGGGACCAAGGCGGCGAAGGCGAAGAAGAAGAGGGUUUCUUUCGCGGCGGAGUGAAGUGGUUGUUGUUGUGGUGGUGGUGGUGGGGUGUUGUUUUUCUUGGUUGGGUUGUUCAUCCAUCUAUCUAUCUACCUGCAUGGCGGGCGUUUUGGCGUUGUUGGUAUUCAAGAGGGGAAAAUUGGGAUUGGAGGUUCGGGUUGAGAUACCAACUGAGCGGUUGUGACGCUGAACAUGCUGUGCUGUACAGCCAACAUGGAAGUGUAUUACUCCGUGUGCAUAUCUAAUUCAUCGUUCACUUUCCGGGU